GCCGGCGGUCAGUCAGGCCUGCGGGCGCCUGGUUAAGUCGCUGGCUGAGGCGAAGCGGCCCGCGCUUCUGGGCGGUUUCGGUUGGGUAGCUACGUACGGGUGCGCACGAUGCGGCUGAGCUCUGGGGCCUUCGCCGCCAGCUGCAUAGCGAUCGAAGUGGUCGGGGUAGCGAUCUUCCUCAGGGGAUUCUUCCCGGCCCCAGUUCGUUCCUCUGCCCCGACUGAGCAACGAGCAGAGACCCCGGCGCCCGAGCCCGCUGCUGGAGCCAGUUCCAACUGGACCAAGCUGCCACCACCUCUCUUCAGUAAAGUUGUUAUUGUGCUAAUAGAUGCCCUGAGAGAUGAUUUUGUGUUUGGUUCAAAAGGUGUGAAGUAUAUGCCCUACAUAUCUUAUCUCAUAGAAAAAGGAUCAUCUCAUGGUUUUGUGGCUGAAGCAAAGCCACCCACGGUUACUAUGCCUCGAAUCAAGGCAUUGAUGACAGGAAGUCUCCCUGGCUUUGUCGAUGUCGUCAGGAACCUCAAUUCUCCUGCACUGCUGGAAGACAAUGUGAUAAGACAGGCAAAAUCUGCUGGGAAAAGAAUGAUCUUUUAUGGAGAUGAAACCUGGGUUAAAUUAUUCCCAAAGCAUUUUAUAGAAUAUGAUGGGACGACUUCAUUCUUUGUGUCAGAUUAUACAGAGGUGGAUAAUAAUGUCACAAGACACUUGGAUGAAGUAUUAAAAAGAGGAGACUGGGACAUGUUAAUUCUCCACUACCUAGGGCUGGAUCACAUUGGCCACAUUUCUGGGCCCCACAGUCCUCUGAUUGGACGCAAGCUCAGUGAAAUGGACAGUAUCCUGAUGAAGAUUCACACGUCACUGCUGGCGAAGGAGAGAGAGACUCUGUCACCCAGUUUGCUGAUUGUCUGUGGUGACCAUGGCAUGUCUGAGACAGGGAGCCACGGGGCCUCUUCCACAGAGGAAGUGAGCACACCUCUGAUCUUAAUCAGCUCAGCAUUUGAAAGGAAACCUGGGGAUAGCCGACACCCAAAACGCGUCCAGCAGACUGACUUGGCUGCAACGCUAGCAAUAGGACUUGGUUUGCCGAUUCCCAAAGACAAUGUAGGAAGCCUCUUAUUCCCAGUUAUAGAAGAAAAGCCAAUGAGAGAACAACUGAGAUUUUUACACUUAAACACAGUACAGCUUAGUAAACUGUUGCAAGAAAAUGUGCCGUCAUAUGAAAAAGAUCCUGGAUUUGAGCAGUUUAAAAUGGCAGAAAGGUUGCAUGGGAACUGGGUCAAACUGCACUUGGAGGAAAACCAUUCAGACAUCCUGGUUGGCCUGGGAACCAAGGUGCUCAGGCAGUACCUGAGUGCCCUGAAGACUCUGAGUCUGUCCCUGAGCACACAAGUGGCCCAGUAUGACAUCUACUCGAUGGUGGUAGGGACUGCCGUGGUUUUGGAGGUUCUCAUCCUACUCCUCCUCAGCACCCCACAUGUGCUGUGCAGAAAGGCUGAGCUAGAUGUUCCUCUGUUGUCUCCCGUGUUUUCUCUGCUCUUCUAUUUGAUGUUCCUGGUUCUUUCGGCCAUUCACGUCGUGGUGUGCACCUCAGCCGAGAGUUCAUGCUUCUUCUGCAGCCUCCCAUGGCUGGCAGCAGCAGGGGUGAUGGUGUUGGUCUCUGCACUGCUCUGUGCAAUCGUGUCUGCUCUUGUCAGGAUGGUCGUCAUCGAUGGCAUGCUGCUGAAGAAGAAUGCAGCUCAUCCCAGCUCAGGGUGGUCAGAGGUGGACCUCCUCCUUCUUCUGGGCACAGUGGGCCAUGUCCUGAGCCUGGGAGCUAGCAGUUUUGUGGAGGAAGAGCACCAAACCUGGUACUUCCUUGUCAACACUUUGUGUCUGGCCCUGAGCCAGGAAACCUGCAGGAGCUACUUUCUGGGAGAUGACUGUGAGCCUCAGCAUCACUUCCAUGUGGAGCAAGGAUGUGAGGGCGUCCUCACCCACACACUGCAGGACAGCACAGUAUGCAACAACUUCAAGCCCAACAGAGCGGGUAAAGGACCCUCCCUGUCUGAAGCACAUGGAGGCUGCAAGUGGUGGACAGUGCUGGCAAGUCCAUGGCUGGUGCUGGCCUGCUGCCGGAUGCUGCGGUCCCUGAACCAAACAGGGGUACAGGGUGCCCACCGGCCCGACUUUAGCCACUGGCUCACCAGCUCUGAGCACAAAGUCCAGCUCUCAGGCCUGGCUGCCCUCUCCCUGCUUGUGAUCUUCAUGUUGGUUCAAAGGGGUUGCUCCCUUGUGUCCAAGGCAGCUCUAGCACUGGGGCUGCUGGGUGUCUUCUGCUAUAGGGCAGCCAUUGGAAACGUGCUAUUCCCAUGGCAACCAGACAACAAAGGCAUUUCAAAGGGUAUUGUUGAAGCUCGUUUUGUUUAUGUCUUUGUCCUGGGCAUUCUGUUCACGGGCACCAAAGCCUUGCUUAAAUCCCAAGUCAUUGCUGCAGACUUCAAAACCAAGACUGUAGGUUUGUGGGAGAUCUAUAGUGGAUUAGUUCUUCUGGCAGCAUUGCUCUUGAGACCACACAAUCUUCCAGUGUUAGCAUUUAGUCUCUUGAUUCAGAUGAUAAUGACUAAGUUCAUCUGGAAGCCCCUGAGACAUGAUGCAGCUGAGAUCACUGUAAUGCAUUAUUGGUUCGGUCAAGCAUUCUUCUAUUUCCAGGGUAACUCCAACAACAUUGCCACCAUUGACAUCUCAGCAGGUUUCAUAGGCUUAGACGCCUACAUGGAAGUUCCAGCCACAUUCCUGACAGUGUUUGGGACAUAUGUGGGGCCAGUCCUCUGGGCCAGUCACCUUGUACAUUUCCUGAGCUCAGAAGCAAGCAGUGGUUCAGCACUAAGUCGUGCUUGCUUCUGCUACGCACUGAUUUGCUCUGUUCCAGUUGCCACAUACAUCAUUCUGGUGACAUCCCUGCGCUAUCACUUGUUCAUAUGGAGUGUGUUUUCUCCAAAGCUUCUCUAUGAAGGGAUGCAUCUGCUCAUUACAGCUGUCCUCUGUGCUGUGUUCACUGCCACAGACCAGACCGGCCGCACAAAGUCCUAGGUGGACACAGAUUCUUGGUGCUGGUGCACUGUCAUUUGCUGUUUGUAUCAUGGAUUUGAGUAUUGAAGAGUUACUUACAUGCAAGAUCAUUCUGAAAAGAAAGCAUUGUGAAUCCUAUGAAGUUGACAGAUAGCUUUAGUUCUGCUUGAAUUAGUAAGUUGUUUAAUAAAAGAUCACCUUAAAAUCCUAA